AUGGGGUUCAAGAAGCGGCCCUUCGGCAUGAAGAGGUACACUCCGGGAUAUCAAGGAAAAGGUGCCAUGGUGAUCGACAUGCAGGAGAAGAGCCGCUACCCAGGCGAUGCGAUGGGCCAGGCUGCUGUGGGCGGAGUCAGGAUUGGGAUGGUGGUGAAGUCGGUGGCAGGACAGGAUGUGAGCCAGUGGGACUUCGAGGACAUCAUGGACCUGUUGAACGACCAAGGCAUCAUGGACCCGGACUCCAAGUCUGCGGCCUCCUGGGGAGACGCCACCAAGUACAUCCAGCGCCAGCCGGUGGAAGAGGUCGUGGUGCCUGCGACCAUUGAAUUCGCCAUGCCCAGUGCAGGUGCCGGCGCCAGCGAGGCCCCGUUGUGCCUGAACGGAGUGCCACGGCGAGACGGCGUGGUGGGCCUGGCGCUGCCGGAGCCGCUGGCGCCCGCUCUGCGGCUCAGCGCGGUGAAGAUGGGGCCCAGCCUGGAGGUGGCGAAGGCGGGGCCGAACCCGGAGGGAGGCUUCGUGGUGGAGGUGAUCCGGGUGCAGGGCAAGGACAUGCCAGCAGCAAGUGCCCUGAAGAUGGCGGCAAAGGCGGCAGGCCUCAACAGCAUGAAAGGACUCUGCGUGGGCCUUCGCCGGCCGAGCAGCGGAGUAGAGGAUGCCGCCGCCUGGGCGGUGUUCCCCUUGGCGGGGGUGUCCAAAACAGGCGGCGUGGUCUUCCGCUCCAAAGGUCCUGCAGCCGAAGGCCUAGGCCCGGACGACGCCUUGAGGGAGGUGCAGUUCUUCGCCCCCGGGCCGGGCGAUGCUGUGCUGGUUGAGGAGCUGGCUGCAGGAUUUUCGGGCAGAACGGUUCCACUGACCCUUCUCACAUCGGAGACCCAGACGGCGGAGGCACCGGGAGCUUUGGCCUUGGUGGGACCCGCGGUGAUCGGCAACGCGGGCGCGGGGACGGUGAUCCACCGCCAGGCUGUUGCCGUGGUAGCAGCAUGA